AUGGGUGCAUCAAACAUAGGUUCUGCUAUAGCAAAUUGCAUUAAUCUCUCAAAUUUAACACUUGAACUUUAUAACAAUUAAAUUGGUGACCAAGGUGUAUCAGGUUUAGGUUCUGGUUUAGCAAAUUGCAUCAAUCUCUCAUAUUUGGCACUUUCACUUGGUCGUAAUUAAAUUGAUACAAAGGGUGCAUCAGACUUAGUUUCUGGUUUAGCAAAUUGCAUUAAUCUCUCAAAUUUGGUACUUAACCUUGGUUGCAAUUUUAUUGGUGAUGAAGGUGCAUCAAGAUUAGGUUAUGAUUUAGCAAAUUGCAUUAAUCUCUCAAAUUUGACACUUAUCCUUGAUGGAAAUUAAAUUGGCGAGGUAGGUGCAUCAGGUUUAGGUUCUGGUUUAGUAAAUUGCAUUAAUCUCUCAAAUUUGGCACUUCACCUUUAUCGAAAUUAAAUUGGUGAUGAAGGUGCAUCAGGCUUAGGUUUUGGUUUAGCAAACUGCAUUAAUCUCUCAAAUUUGGAACUUCAUUUUAAUGACAAUUUAAUUGGUGUAAUGGGUGCAUCAGGCUUAGGUUCUGGUUUAGCAAAUUGCAUUAAUCUCUCAAAUUUGACACUUGAACUUUAUUACAAUUAAAUUUAUGAUGAAGGUGUAUCAAGCUUAGGUUCUGCUUUAGCAAAUUGCAUUAAUCUCUCUAAUUUGACACUUAUCCUUGAUUACAAUGAAAUUACAAGUGAAGGUGCAUCAGGCUUAGGUUCUGGUUUAGCAAACUGCAUUAAUCUCUCAAAUUUGACACUUCGCUUUUAGUAAAAACAGUUUAUUUAUUUUGGAUUGUGA